AACUCUUUUAUCUGUAUAUAUAAAGGACAAACACUGACUUAUUCUCUGAUUAGGGAGUAACCUCUGAUUACAACACCUGGACAAUCACUAUGAGAUUCUCUCUACUUAUUUGCCUUUUUGUCCUGUGGCUGAACAUGGACAUUUCGUUAUCGCAGAAUGAGCCUGCAGGCUGUGGGAGUCCACCACCUCUUACAGAUGGAGACCUCAAGUACACCAUGAAAAGUCAGUACAGCCACAAUGAAAGGGUUGAAUACGUGUGUCAGAAGUACUACACCAUGGAGGGAGAGCCUUACAGAACCUGCAUCAAUGGUGAAUGGAUCAGACAGCUGAGAUGCCUCAAACCCUGCACUGUGAAUGAAGACCACAUGAGGCAACAUAAUAUUGCAUUCAAAUAUAAGGAUUACAAAAAGCUGUAUUCAAGCCAUAAUGAUGUAAUCGAGUUUAAGUGUACCAAAGGAAGAUCUGUUGAUACAAUGCGUCAGAGGUGUAAUGAUGGUGUGAUACUCCUGCCCUUGUGCCAAUAAGACUUCAAAUUGACAGCGAUUUAACUUAUGAGAACCAUGAGUAACCCAAGAUAUGAUGCAGUGUACUGUGGUGCUGUUAUUUUACGUUCUGCUUGUCUGUUAUGCACAACCAAAAUGAACCUGUACUCGCUUGUUUGUAAUAUCAAGACUAUACAAAUAAAAUUUUAAAAAAUGUA